GGACAGCAGAGGCUGGCCACUCCAUCAGGCGCCGUGCUCCCCGCCGCACCCCGCCUCGCCUCGCCCGCCCUCCUCCCUCCCCUGACUGACCCCGCGCCGCUUACUGAGUCUCGGCCACCUCGAGGAUGGUGGUGUGGGUUUGACGGCGGGCGGCAGGUGACACAAAGGACACGCCAAGGCAAGGCGACGCGUGUACAGUGGCGGCAUGAAGGGCGCCUCUAACAUGGGGGGAGGCGAGAGGCGGUCAUCAGUGCUCUCCCUCGAUUCUGAGGAUGAAAACAAGUUGGUGGAGGUCAAGACGGGCUGCUGUGGCCUCGACCCCACCACAGGUCGCGGCAAGCAGAUCCAUUUGGCCCAGAUGCUGCUGCUGCCCUUCGUGCCCAUCAUGGCGCUCAUCAUCCAGAACGGCCUCAACAUGGUCAACGUGCUGCAGUACCAGUAUGAGAUGCAGGAAACAAUCGAUCAGGUUCAGAUCAGCACGGGUCUUGGUAACGUGACGGAGGCCCUGCAGUCUGAGAGAGCCGAGAUCGCCUUCUACCUCUUCACCAACGGCUCCGUCAUCCGCCGCAACUUGUCUGAACAUUUCGCCUACACCAACUCCCUCAUCGACAACCUCAAGUGGCCAAUCUUCCGCAUUGACGACCCUCUCUUCAAGAAUAAGAUUCUCUUCCGCAUCCGUCUGGACGACUUCCGUGACAAGAUCACGAAAUUCGACACUCCUUCGAUCGACGCUGGCAUCCGAUUCUACAACCGAGCUAAUUACAUCUUCCUCGACCAGCUAACGCGGGAAAUCAAAGAGAAGGACAGCUCGGGAGUGUGGCGGCCGCUGCUCGCGUACAAGAACCUCAUCCGCGCCAUCGAGCACCUGGGCAUCUCCAUGGUGUUCGGGGAGGAGUACUUCGGGCGUGGGGACCUGGACCACACCUCCUACCUCAACUUUGUCACCAACGAUGCCCUGGGACAAGACUUCCUCAAUGCCAGCAAGAGUUUUGCAUUCUGGAUCAAAGACAGGUACCUUCAGCUGCAGCAGACUUACCCGUGGUACUCCAACAUCACUCGGCGGCGUCAGGAAAUCGUCAACAGAGUGAAGAUCGAGCCUGACUUCGACAAGGCCACCGAGUACUUCUACGCUAUGCUGGGCUACCUGGACGCCCUGCAGAAGAUCCAGUACGAGAUUCGGAUCAGAAUAGAAGAAACCAUUCUCUCUGAGGUGACGUCCUCCAACAGUCACGUGGUGGUGGGCAUCGCUAUCCUGGCCGUGGUGCUUCUCAUCUCUCCUGUGAUCAUCGUCCUCGUCAGAAUGGUCACCAGGACACUCCAGGCCUUCACGGAAACGCUGCAGUACAAGACCUACGAGCUGAGGUACGAGAAGAAGCGGUCCGACAAGCUGCUGUACCAGAUGCUGCCGCCCUCCGUGGCUCAGCAGCUCAAGCAACGCAAGCAGGUGUCCGCCGAGACUUACGAAAUGGUCACUAUUUACUUCUCCGACAUUGUGGGAUUCACUGAAUUGGCCUCUGAGAGCACACCCAUGCAGGUGAUCUCCCUCCUGAAUGCUCUCUACAAGAUGUUCGACUCCCGCAUCGAACUCUACGAAGUGUACAAGAUAGAGACCAUCGGGGACGCAUACAUGGUGGCCUCAGGUCUGCCGCAGCGAGGGGAAGACCAUGCUGUGGGAACGACCAACUUGGAUCGCCUCAUAUACACCUCUCCAGUCUACAAAAUCAUGAGCCACACUGGUCUAGGCAAGGAGCACGCCGCAGAGAUCGCCUCCAUGGCCCUCGACCUCCUGCACGCUACUGAGAACUUCGUAGUACCUCACAUGCCUGGCGAGCGUCUACAAAUCCGCGUCGGUAUCCACACUGGGCCGGUGGUGGCGGGGGUGGUGGGAUCCAAGAUGCCACGCUACACUCUCUUCGGGGAGUCAGUCAACAUUGCCUCUAAGAUGGAGUCGAAUGGAUUACCCUUCAAGAUCCACGUCACGGCCGCCACCAAGGAGUCCCUAGAGAAGGUUGGCGGGUUCAUCCUUAAACUCAGAGGAGAAAUGGAGAUCAAGGGGAAGGGAUCGAUGGAGACUUACUGGCUGAUCGGCAAGCACGGGAAGCUGCCUGAGCGUCGCGUAGAGUCAGACAAGGAGGAGGAGAUUGACGUGAUGGCAGAGAACCCUCACACGGACGCCCGCCGGAAGCAGAGGAAGGCACAGAAGAAGAAGGAGAGAGAGAACAAGGAGAAGUCAACUCUGAGACGCGCUAUCAACACUGUCAAAGGCCACCUGCCGAACUGAGGCCACCGACGUUAAUGGCUUGUCAAAAGGAGAGGCCAGCAUAUCCACAGCUACGGAUCUCUCUACAUCCUUCUGCAGUGCCUACGUCAACAAAGAGAUAAGAAAAUGAUCCCAUCCGUCCAUUCACAGUCUCUACUCCUCGUCCUUCGUCAUCUGUCUAGUGUCACGAGUUGUUUGGAGUUUCUGGUGAUGUCUGCUUCUUCCCCGUCUUAUUCAGUAUAGAUAUUAGGAGCUAGGAAAGGGAGGUGUGAUGUGGUGUGAUUGUUGUUUGUUUUAGUCCAGAAGGGUCCUCUCUCCUCCUCUUCUUCCUCCUCCUCCUGCCACACUCCCCCCCCCCAUUGGCGUGCUUAAUAAAUAAACCCUUAUUUCAUAGUGCAUAAAAAAUGGCCAGCCUAGUUGAAAUGCAGGACUUGUUAUGAAAAGGAAUGUAGCAACAGCACCUGGUGGUUUGAAAAUGUCAGCUGUCACAUCUUUAGUCUGCGCUGAAGCAUACCUCGUCUAGGAAACGUAAACUGUAAUAUAUAAGAGGUGGAGGUAAUAUGAUGUAAGAGCUAAGGAGGAAUGAUUCGUAGAUCUAAUUUCGAUUCCUCUUGAGAUUUGGUUUAUUGUGACUUGUAAUCCUAUGUUGCAUAAUGUUGUAUAUAUGCUUUUAUUCUAUCACCCUCCCCCCCUCUCUCUCUCUCUCUCUUUCUCUCUCUCUCUCUCUCUCUCUCUCUCUCUCUCUCUCUCUCUCUCUCUCUCUCUCUCUCUCUCUCUCUCUCUCUGUCUAGGCACUUUUCUCUCCUCCGUGAUGCUAUCUCUCUCUCCCUUGAUAAGUUCAUCUUCCUCUUAUCAACACACCCGUCCGCCUUAUCGGGUGAUGUGGAUAGUGAUCACCCUCUUAGGAGCUACUGACAGCGGGCUGACAGGCUGGCUUACCUCUGCUGUCACUCAGGCUGUCCGACACACCCCCAACUGUCGGGAACGAGGAUCGGAAGGUGACAUUCGAUUAGAUUUAGGUAUUUGUUAUGAUUGGUUAAGGUUAAGUGCUGAUGUUUAUCCUAGAAAGGUCACUUGGUUAGGUUUGUUUUGGCCUCUGUUUUGCGGUGUUUUGUUUCACCGGGUUGUUUAGUUUUGCAGUGUUUCAUUAGGAGUGUUUGUUUGAUUCUUGCUGAUUUUUUUUCAUUUUCUUAAAUUUUUCUCUGUUUUCUUUCUUAUUCUUGUUAUUUUUUGUGCAUUUCUCUUUUUACGACCAUAUGAACUUAUUAUCUCUCUCUCUCUCUCUCUCUCUCUCUCUCUCUCUCUCUCUCUCUCUCUCUCUCUCUCUCUCUGAUUCAUCUCCGGUGCAUGAUUCUUUUGCUUCAUUCCUUCUUUUUUCAUAACUCUGCACGUGUUUAACGUAAGCAGAAGCAACAACAAUUUAGUAGCGAGUAAGUCUUAGUUUCUCGAUAGCAAUGCCCAUCUCUUAGUCAUUACUUCUCGAAAAAUGUGUCAACCCAAUUUGCUUCUCAUAUAUCUCAUUCAUUGUCCCAGAGUCACUCGUAUACUUACAAGAUGUGUGGAAGGAGUCACUUAAAGAAUACUGUUAUCAAUAUCAACACUAUUAUUUUUGUUUAUUCUUGUGCGGGUGUUUCAUUUAGGUGUUUAACGUACUUGUGCUUCAUUUCAUUAGAGCAGUUUAGGAGCUAUAAGGAGUCCAUCACUGCACUUGUAGAUACUUCGGCUCUUUAGGGGGCUAGAUGAGCCAGCCACCCGCACCUCUCCCACCUGACGCUAAGGUGUCUUGAGGGGCGCGGCAUAAACUGCUCCUCUUCGCCACUCAGCACCGUCGCCACUGUCACCCCCGCACAGGUCCAUUGCUAAUAAACCUUAAAUCGUAUGGC